AUGUGCGCAGGAGGUCUUGGUGAAUUUACAUCUCCUAUUGCAAUGAUGCUAAUGGCUUUGGGAGCUAUUUUUUCUGCCAUGUUUUAUCAUCAUUUGGCAAGUUUAAGAACAGAGUCUUUUGCAAACACGAUUCAACCUUCAUCAUCGUACUACAAAGAUUUAUACACACCAAAAAUUUACAAGUCAGAACCGAACGAGUACAAUUUUGUAAUGAUUGCAGAUUUAGAUAAGGAUUCCAAGUAUCCAAAUGAAUUCAAGUGGAGAAGCUAUGUGCUUAGAGGAUUAAUCAAACGAAACAUUUCAACAGGAAAAUAUUCAAUUCAGUUUAAUGAGACGGAGUCCAAAUUUGAAAUACAGUCACUCUUAUCAAGAAAAAAUAGAAGCAUGGAAUUAAGCACUUUAUCACUGUGGAGAGGAACGUUCUAUGCUACGUGUGAUUUCACUGGAAUUGUGUAUGAAAUUGAUAUGCAAAGGGAAAGAGCCUAUCCCCGACAUGUUUUAUAUUCUGGUGACGGACACACAAAAAUACCCUUAAAAGCAGAAUGGUCAACGGUUGGUCCUGAUGAUAGAUUGUACAUUGGAUCAAUAGGAAAGGAAUGGGUAGCGCAAGGUCAAGCCUUAAAUAGACAUUGUGAGUGGGUCAAGGUAAUUGAUCGAUCUUAUUAUCAUCCUAUUUCUGUGGAUUGGGGAGAUGUUUACGCAAAGUUGCGUCAAGCAGUCAAUGCCACGGCACCAGGUUAUCUUAUUCAUGAAGCUGUAUUCUAUGACAAAUUUUUGAAAGAAUGGAUUUUCUUGCCAAGGCGUCAUUCCGUUGGCACACCUUACAGUGAAGAGGCUGAUGAAUACUUGGGAUCCAAUUUAAUGAUUCGAAUGGAUAUUGACCUGCAACAAGUUAAAAAAGUUGUAAAAAUUGGAAAAAAGAGCCCCAAUUCCGAUGAAAUGUAUGAAAAUUUUUUAGACACUCGAUUUGGGUUUACUGAUUUGGCCCGAAUUACCAAAACAGGUUCUCGACAUCACUACAUUGCAACAAGAGUAAUAGAAAUGUCUCAUCCUCAAAACUCGCAGCCUGCAGUAGCAACAUACUUGACUAUCUUUGACGAAGAUGGUGUUAUUUUGUUGGACAGUCCUACUGGCUUUGUUGAAAUGCCUGACUCGCUCGCUCAUGGAGAGAAGUAUGAAGGAAUUGAAGUUUUUGAGUAG